AUGAAGUUAGCGGUAUUAUUCCUUAUGUGCAUCGCGGCCGUAAUCAGUGUAUCGGGAAAGGCUCCAGUGCAGUUCUUCUGCGGCAGGCGUUUAGCUAAUACUUUAGCACUGUUCUGCCCAAACAGUCAAUUAUCUAAGAGAUCAGGAGAGUCGUACGAGCACAGUUACUAUCACACAGGAAGCGAUUUGCUUCCUGCCACAGAUGACGAUCUGUUCGGUGGAUUGGGACUCGGUGGGAAUAAUUAUGUGUCGAUGCGGGACAGUUGGAAGUGGCGUGGUGCCCUGAAGAGUGCACGUGGAAAGAGAGGUGUCGUCUCCGAAUGCUGCGACCAGCCCUGCACGCUCGACGAACUGCUCACUUAUUGUUAG